AAUGAGCUUCCUGAACCUGAACAAGACAACGGGGGCACCACAGAGUCUGUUAAAGAACAAGAAAUGAAGUGGACGGACUUAGCCUUACAGUACCUCCAUGAAAACGUUCCCCCCAUCGGAAACUGA